AUGGAUAAUUGUAAUAAUGAACAAGUUCGUGUACUCAUUCUAAAUGAAAAUGGAGAUAAAAGUAAAGAAUUAUUUCGAUUAAAAAAAGGAUGGAUUGUUCAAAUAGUUUUAUCAUCAAAUUUAUCAUGUAAAAAUGUUCGAAUAUUUACAAAUAUUUGUUUGAAUGAAAAUGAUGAAUUUCAACGUUUAAAUUAUAAAGAAUUAAAAUGGAUUUGUCCAUCGAAUAGAAAAUGUGAUGAUUCAAAUCGUUAUAUUUAUAUUCAAUUUAAGAAAUCUGGAACAUUUCAUUAUUAUUUUACAAUUGAUGGAACAACUAUUAAAGAAAAUGUAAAUGGUGAAGGUUAUUUUCAAAUCGAACCAUAUUUAGUUUUAAAUGAUUCUAAUAAUGAAACCUUAGAAGAAGAUUGUAUAACAUGUCAAACAGUCUUAUCCAAAUGUUUAGGUCCGUUAUCCGAAUGGUUAUCACGUCUUGAAGUAACAUAUCAUUCAGGUUAUAAUAUAAUACAUUUAACACCAAUUCAAUUACUUUCAAAUAUAUCAAAUUCAUCAUAUGCAAUAAAAGAUCAUCAUAAAUUAAAUUCAAUAUUUAAUGGAACAUAUGAAGAAAUAAAACGAAUUAUUCAUCAUAUGAUUCAACAAUGGAAAAUAUUUUCAAUAACUGAUCUUGUUUAUAAUCAUGUUGCAAAUGAUUGUCAAUUACUUGUAGAACAUCCUGAAAUAUCUUAUAAUUUAAUAAAUUCUCCAUAUUUAAAAUCAGCAGUACUUCUUGAUUCAAUCUUAAUACAAUUUACUUGUGAUGCAAGUGAAGAUAAACUUUUAUCACAAGGAAUUCCAUCGGAAAUCAAAGAAGAACAUUUACAAUUAAUUCGAAAUUAUUUACUUAAUGAACAAAUUUCAAAAUAUAAUUUUUCAGAAUUUUAUAUUUGUGAUAUUGAUUUGUUAAUUGAACAAUUUCAAAAUCAUUUAUUAAAAUUAGAUCAUUGUCCAGAAAAAUGUUUGUACGAAAAUGAAGAAGAUCUUGUUAUUAAACAUGGAAAAUAUGAAAGAAUGAGAAGUUCAAUUGAUUUUAAUUUAGCUGAAAAAAUAUAUUUUUUUCAAAGAAAGAAUUUCAAAACUAAACAACAAUGGAUAAAUGCAGCAUGUGUUGAUUUACGUAAUCGUUUAAAAUUUUUAAAUAAUUUUCUUUGUGAAAAAUUAAAUGAAAAUUUAAAUCGAUCAAUAGAUAAUUGUCUUCAAUCAUGUCAUUAUCAUUUUUUUUCAUCUGAUGGACCGAAAUAUAAGAAAUUGUCAUUAUUGUCAACACCAUUUGUUCCAAAAUAUUUUUCUUAUCCAAAUCAAGAAUAUCUUCAUCCAGAUUUAAUUAAUCAACUAAUUCAAAAUGAUAUUCAUUAUCAAACUUAUGUUAUGGCUCAUAACGGAUGGAUAAUGAAUGAUGAUCCACUUAGAUGUUUUGCUGAUGAAGGUCAAGAAGUUUAUCUACGUCGAGAUUUAAUUCCAUGGUGUGAUUUAAUAAAAGUUCGUUUUGGUUCAAAGCGUGAAGAUUGUCCAAUAUUAUAUUCCUAUAUGAAAGAAUAUACACGAUUAAUUGCAACAACAUUUCAUGGUUGUCGUCUUGAUAAUUGUCAUUCAACACCAUUAUGGUUUGCACAAGAGAUGAUGGAUUAUGCAAGAGAAAUAAAUCCUAAUUUUUAUAUUAUUGCUGAAUUAUUUACAGGAAAUAUAAAUCUUGAUAAUUAUUUUAUAAAUCAUAUUGGAAUAAAUUCAUUAAUACGAGAAUCAUAUCGAGCAUUUGAUCCAUGUCAUUUAGGUCAAAUUGUAUCGUCAGUUAGUCAAGGAGAUUCAAUUGGUUCAUUUAUUCAAUCAAAUGUUCGUCCAUUAUUAUCAACAAAAUCUUAUUCAUGUUUUUAUGAUCAAACACAUGAUAAUCCAUCUGAAAUUGAAAGUAGAUCAGUUGAAGAUCUUCUUCCACGUUCAGCUUGUGUUUCAAUGGCUAAUUCUUCAAUUGGUUCAUAUAGAGGUUAUGAUGAAUUAGUUCCACAUUAUAUUGAUGUUGUUCAUGAAACAAGAUUUUAUGCCAAAUGGGGUUUUGAAAAACAACAAAUCAAUUCCAAAACUGCAUUAAUUUCAAUUAGAAAAGCUUUAAAUAGUUUACAUAUAGAACUUGCUCAGCAAGGUUUUAAUCAGUUAAUAGUUGAUCAAUUAAAUACAUCAACAUUAUUAAUAACUCGUCAUAAUAUUGAAAGACAUCAAUCUAUUCUAUUAAUAAGUCAUACAUCAUUUUUUGAAGUAAAUGAAAAAUGGGAAUAUAUAAGUCCAUUAUCAAUUGAAGGUAUUAUUGAUGAUAUUAUAUUAGAAGCAAUAAUAAAUCAUCCACAAGAUAAAGAACCAGUUAGAAAUUUUCAAAGAUCAAAUGAUUAUAUAAAUGGACUUGAACAUACAAAAAUUUAUUUUAAAGAAAAUCUUUCAAUAGAACAAAGUCAAUGUAUUUGUUUAACAUCACCAAAUUCUCCUGAUUAUACUGGUUAUCGUACAAUUGAAUUUACAGAUCAUUUUCGUCCUGGUUCAAUAAUUAUUUUACAAAUUUCACUUCUUCCACAAAUUUAUGAAUCAAUAAAUAAUUUAAAAGAAUUAAUAAAACAAUUUACAAAUUCAUCAAGUCAAUUUAAUAAAAUAAUAAAAGAAUUAACAUUAAUUGAUCUUGAACGUAUUCUUUAUCGUUCAUCUGAUGAAGAACAAGCUGAUGGAAAAGGUUUUGAUGUUUAUUUAAUACCUGAUUAUGGGAAAUUAAAUUAUUGUGGUCUUCAAGGUAUUAUGUCUGUUUUAGAAAAAAUUCGUUUACAUAAUCAACUCAAACAUCCUCUGAUUAACAAUUUAAAACAAGGAAAUUGGUUAAUGGAUUAUAUUUCUAAUAGACUUAAAAUUCAUCCAAAUACCAAACAGUUAGGUGAAUGGUAUGAAAAUGUAUUUAAUAAUAUUAAAUGUUUAUCACGUGUAAUGAUUCCAUCAUAUUUUGAUUUAAUAAUAACGAAAUCUUAUACAAUAUUAUUAGAACAUGGAUGGUCAUUAAUGAGUCCAUUUAUAAAACAAUCAUCAACAUUUAUUCGUGCACUUGCAUUAUCAUCGGUUCAAUUAAUAAGUAUUGUUCCUAAUGCACGUUUACCAUUUUUAUCACCAAAUUUACGAGAACCUCGACCAAAUGAAGAUCAAGAUGAACAAACAUUUGAACGUGUUCAACAAUGUCCAUCAUUAGCUGCAGGUUUUCCACAUUUUGGUGCUGGAAUAUGGAGAAAUUGGGGACGAGAUACAUUUAUAUCAUUACGUGGUCUUCUUCUUUUAACUGGAAGAUAUAAAGAAGCUCGUUAUUUAAUUUUAUCAUAUGGUGGUUGUCUUCGUCAUGGUUUAAUACCAAAUUUAUUAGGUGAUGGAAAAACUGCCCGUUAUAAUGCACGUGAUGCUGUUUGGUGGUGGUUAUAUUCAAUAUCAUGUUAUACAAAAAUAGUACCAAAUGGAUAUGAAAUACUUUCAGAUAAAAUUUCACGUUUAUAUCCAACAGAUAAUAGUCCUAUGCAAUCAAGUGGUUUACAUGAUCAAUUAUUAUUUGAUGUUAUUCAUGAAGUUCUUUUACGACAUCUUCAAACCUUAACAUUUCGAGAACGUGGUGCUGGACCUUUAUUAGAUUUAAAUAUGAUGGAUCAAGGUUUUAAUAAUCAAAUUGGUAUUGAUGAAAAAACUGGUUUUGUUUUUGGAGGAAAUCAAUGGAAUUGUGGAACAUGGAUGGAUAAAAUGGGUUCAAGUGAUAAAGCACAAAAUAAAGGUUAUCCAGCAACACCACGUGAUGGUUCAGCAAUUGAAUUAGUUGCUUUAUGUCGAUCUAUAUUAGCAUGGCUUAUUCAAAUGAAUAAAGAAAAAUAUUAUCCUUAUGAUUCUAUUGAAAUAGUAUCACCUUCGACAGGAAAAAAAUGUCGAAUAUAUUUAAAUGAAUGGUUAAAUCGAAUUGAUGAAAAUUUUGAAAAAGAAUUUGGGAUUGAUGAAACAAAUUUAUCGAAAUAUGUUAAUAGAAAACAAAUUUAUAAAGAUACAAUUAAUUCAACAUGUAAAUGGACUGAUUUUCAAUUCAGACCGAAUUUUCUUAUUGCUGCUGUUGUUGCACCAGAAAUGUUUGAUAAAAAUCAUAUAUGGUUAGCAUUGAAUCAAGUUGAAUUAAUUCUUCUUGGAAAAUAUGGAGUUAAAACACUUGAUCCCGAUGAUUAUAAUUACGUUGGUGAUUAUAUAAAUGAUGAUGAUUCAAACGAGUAUAAGAGAGCUCAUGGAUUUAAUUAUCAUAAUGGACCUGAAUGGUUAUGGUUAACUGGUUAUUAUAUUCGAGCUAAACUUUAUUGGUCAAAACAACAAAAUGAUCCAUUAAUUAUUAAACAAACAAUUGAACAUAUUCAAAAAAUACUUUCAUUACAUAUGGAAUUAUUAUUUUCAAAUGAUUGGAAAGGUUUACCAGAAUUAACCAAUGCUAAUGGACAAUUCUCUCCUUAUUCAUGUUCUGUACAAGCAUGGUCUUCUGCAACUCUUUUAGAGGCAUUAUAUGAUCUUACACAAUAA